AUGCUAGACACAGCUAGCAAUGGGAACUUCCUCAACCAGGAUGUAGAUGAUGGCUGGCAACUUGUGGAGAACAGCCUCUCAAAUGGAAGCUAUGGAGAAGAGUAUGAUCGCACCAACUGGAGCUCGACCACCACUCGAUCGAGUCCUGGACGCUCAGAUGCGAAAAGACUUGCACUCAACUCGAAGUUGGACAAACUGAUCCUAGCCCAAUUCCCUGCCAAGCAUGUCAACUAUGUCUCAGAACAAACAGCUAGUCAAGGACAGGAAGGGGAGGAGACAACACAUAGAAGCAUCCAACACAAGGAAACAUCUAUGGUCCUCAACAGGACCUGGGAUACAGAAUACUACACAGAUCCCCCAAGGGCACCCCAAGUGUUCCACAAGGCUUCAACCAAUGGACUCAUACCCAACACCAACCAAGAUUGGGAUAUGAAGGAUAUGCUCCAACAACUCCUUACAAGGGCAAGCCAAAGGUUCACUGGAAAUGAACAACAAGUUGUAGAUAAACUCAAACUAGAGUCAUUGACUUCAAGAGUCCAAAUCAUUGAGUCUUCAAGUGCAUCAUCCUCUUCACCACAAGAGUAUGCCCAAGCAGUUACACUAAGAAGUGGGGACAAUUCCCAAGCAGGGUAG